CAGUGUGUGUGUGUGUGUGUGGCCGCAGCAGUACUAUGCAGUAUAGUGGCGCGCCACUCAGACGCUGAAGGUCACCGCGGAGUUGUAGUUGCGGGUUUCGCCUUUUGCGGUGCGUUAUUUAUCGUUUUUCUACAGCCGGUCGCGUUGCCUUCCUCAGCCCGAGUGUGUGUGUGUGUUUUAGGUUGCCGAAAACAGUCGUUACCUCGGUCGGUGCCAGAGUGCAGCGGGCUCCUCCUGUGCGCAGCUCCGCAAGCGGUUUGAAUGCGUGUAAAUUAUUCGCCCGCUGCUGGCUGAUUGGGCAUACGGGGGACCGCGCCACGCACGCAAAGCACGCAAAGCUUUACGCCGUCAGUCGCCGCCGACGCCACCGCCGCCAACGUUCGUCACUGUCACCGCUGACGGCAUGAGUGCAUCGCUGGGAGCUGCCGAGCGCGGGCCCGGCGCGGGGCAGGCCGGUGCAGGGCCUCCGCAGGUCACCAAACUGCACCGGACGGUGCGCUGCGCCGUGGGCGAGGAAUUCCGGCUGGAAUGCGAGGUCCGCGGGUCGCCCACGCCGCGCAUCAGCUGGGAGAAGGACGGCGUGCGCGUAACGGACUCCGCCGGGCCCGGUUGCUGCUACCGGAGUGUCUUCGGUGGCGGCGUCGCCACGCUCAAGGCCGUCAACGUUCGCAGGGAGCAGACGGGCUCGUACCGGUGCGUGGCCGAGAACGGGCACGGCACGGCCGCCGCUACGGUGCAUGUAUUCGUCACUGAACCAAGAGAUGCGAACGGCAGCGGUGGCCGGGCCCUGAUGAAUCAAUCGACGAGCACCAACACGAAAGCUACUGCCGAACAGGGCAGUUUGGCGGCCACGGUGGUACCGUUGAAGUUUAUCUACGUUCCUCAAAAGAUCGAAGCGUACGAGCACGAGACGGCCGUGUUCCAGUGCAUCGUCGAAGGUAGCCCGGCGCCCCAGAUGUCCUGGCAGCGAAACGGGCGCCCUUUGAGCGCGGCCUCGCGCAACGUGACGAUCCAGAGCAAGGGUUCGCUGUGCACGAUGAAGCUCCAGAACGUGGCACCAAGGGAUGCGGGCCAGUACCAGCUGGUGAUCGAGAAUGGGAGCGGCCGGGUGGAGCGGACGAUCGAGCUGGUCGUGCUGGAGAAGAUCCGAACGAUUAACCGCAUCAAGCGCACCAGCGUACCGGCGACGAGCAGUAUACGCAUCUACCGCCACAUCAACGACUAUUCGCCCCAGGUCGGCGAGUACAUCAUACUGAACGCCGAGUACUACGCCCCGUCCAUCCCGACCGUGCGCUGCUUCCACAACGGGCGCGAGCUGGACGAUGGCCGGAUAUUCCAUCGCAGCGUCAGCCAGCGCAACGUGUCGCUGAUUCUGGAGAAGGCAAAACCGUCCGACUCGGGCACGUACACGUGCGUGUUGGAAACGAUCGACGGCUGCAUCAAGAUGAUGUCGGCCGAAAUCGACGUCCAGGACCCGAAGUGGUCCGUCCCGAUCGACAAGAUGCCCCGGUUGGUGCGCGAACUGCCGAAGGUGAUCACCGUGAUCGAGGGGACCGAGGUAGAGCUAACGCUGGAACUGCACUGCUCCGAGCUGUUCAAGUGUUUGUGGAAGAAAAAUGGCCGCCCGAUCAAGGAUUCGAUCGAUUUCGCCUACAUCGACCACGGAAACGGUAUGCUGGGGUUGCGGCUGAAGGACCCGUUCCUCGAUGACGCCGGCCUGUACGAGUGCACCAUCGAGACGGCAACGCAGCAGCUUACCGCAACCUGCUAUCUGGACGUGCUCGAGCAGGAGCACCCGUCUGAGCCGGCGUCCGAAAAUGGAAGCCUUGACCCGCCAGACAGCGGUGCCGAUUUCGUGCGCUAUCCACUCUCGCAGAUUGCGGUCGAGGGUGAUAACGUUGAGUACUGUGCGUGUGUCCACCCGCCCGACGCACACCUCCGAUGGUACGUCCGUGGAGCGGAAGUGACCAGCGGCACCAAAGGGUUCUCGAUCGAAUCUCGCGACGAUGGUGAACAUAUUUUACGGAUAUUCAACAGCGGCUACAAGCAGAGUGGUGAGGUAAAGUGCUUCGUUCCCCGUACCCCGGCCAGUGAUUACAGCCUGCGCGGGGUGUACGCAUACGCCGAUCUGUGCGUGCUGCCGAAGGCGUUCGUCGGUUCGACGGAGCACAGGGAGAUCGCUCGGUACAGUACUACCACCGGCCAGAAGCUACGGUUUCUGCAUGGCCUACAGGACGAGGUGGUUCUGCAAGGGGACGAUGUCGUCAUCGAGGCCUGCUACCAGGGAUCUCCGCUGUCGGAGCUACGCUGGAAGCACUCGGGCCGGUACAUCGCGGACAGUAACGCCACGACCAGCAAUCUACCGGGUCGGACACGGCUUUUGCUGACAAAAAUCGAACCAUCGCAGGGGGGCAAGUACAGCGUUCAACUCGACCCGGCCUGCCCGGAAACGGAACUGUCGAUGUGCCUGCGCGUCGAGUCUGCACCGGAACCACCGGCAGGACGACCCACGGUAACCGUGGCGAACCGGACGACACUGUCCGUGUCGUGGAAUGCCACACCGUACGACGGAGGCAGUGCCAUAACGGGAUUUGUGAUCGAAAUCGACCGGAACGACCAGGGGCAGUGGGUCUGUGCCAAGCGUGUACCGAAUUCGUAUUCCUGCCUAGUGGAACCGCUUGAACCGGAGCUCCAGUAUCGGUUUCGAAUACGGGCGGAGAACGUGCAUGGUUCGAGCGCUCCGACACCCGCCAGUGAGCCUAUUCUGCUCGCGUGGACUGAACCUCCGGCGAAUGGCAGUACCAAUGGUGGUCGGAGCGGAGAGCGAUCGAUCAGAAGUCCUGCAUCGAGUGGAGCCAGCGUCUGUAGCAGUGCCGACGGUAGCUAUGACAGUGGUGAACUGUGUGCGACGGCCAUCGGCGGGCUGGCCGAUGACCAACCAUUGCCGGCGCCGACAACAGCCCCGCAGAUGUCGUUCACGGUCGACGGUGCGUUUGCGGAGCAGUUCGAGAUGGUAAAGGAAGUCGGGAAGGGCCGGUUCGGAGUCGUGUACAAGGUGAAGGCUCGGCGCGAUGGUGCCGUGCUGGCGGCGAAGAAGGUCAAGUGUAUUCUGAAAAAGGACAAGGAACGCGUCUGGGAGGAGACGGCCAUUAUGGAGAAACUGGAGCACCCGAAGCUGUUGCGACUGUUCGCGACGUACGAGCUGCCGAAGGAGAUCGUCAUGGUGGUGGAGUACAUUUCGGGUGGCGAGCUGUUCGAGCGGGUGGUGGCCGACGAUUUCACGCUCACCGAGAAGGACUGUAUCAUUUUCGUGCGCCAAAUCUGCCACGGUGUCGAGCACAUGCACAGCCGGCAGAUUGUGCACCUGGACCUGAAGCCGGAGAACAUUAUGUGUGCCACGAAAACGAGCCACGAGAUCAAAAUCAUUGACUUCGGUCUGGCACAGCAGCUGUGUGCGUCGAACCCGACGCGCGUCCUGUUCGGGACGCCCGAGUUUAUUGCGCCGGAAAUCAUCAACUACGAACCGAUCAGCGUGCUAUCGGAUAUGUGGAGCAUCGGUGUCAUCUGUUACGUGCUGCUGUCCGGUCUGUCACCGUUCAUGGGGGACAACGAUGUGGACACGUUCAGUAACAUUACGCGCGCCGAGUACGACUUUGACGACGAAGCAUUCGAUCUCGUGUCGGACGAAGCGAAGGAGUUCAUUGCUGGGCUGUUGCGUGGCCGGCAGGAGGACCGGCUCAGUGCCCAGCAGUGCCUCCAGUCGGGGUGGCUUUCGCUCAAGGAUGGCGACAGCGUUGGCGUGAACCAGAUCCGGACCGAUAAGUUAAAGAAGUUUAUCAUCCGUAGAAAGUGGCAGAAAACUGGAAAUGCCAUACGGGCCCUCGGUAGGAUGGCUAACUUAUCCGCUUCCCGGCGUGUCUCGGUUGUGCCGCGGGAAACCAACAGCUCCGAGUGACUUCGGCAACGAUCGUGGGGCAGUGGAGCGUGGACGUUACACGGAACGUUACGGCAAUUGAUUGUUACUUGUUUCUGAUGCCAAAUUCCAGCUUCUGAUGUUAUACGUAAUACGUUCGUUUGUUUAUAUUGAAACUUUCCACUAAAGCCAUAUGCAACCGUAUCCGAAUAAAAUCUCUAAGUGAAGUCACGAGUGGGGAGUCUAUAGUUUCGAACCAACCUUGGCAUACUGGAACUCAUGAAUCGACGCCAGGAGUUCCAGUGUACAGCGAAAAUUCUCAACUUUAGCCGACAGACGAUUGGAACGUUUUAAUUUUUUUGUUAAUCUUAUAUGUCGUUUAUUAUGCUUCAUCGAUCAGAUAUGUACAAUACCAUGACGUUGUGCGUCUUUAAAGAAUAAUUAGUACAUAAAUAAGUUACUUCGCUA